AUGUUUUCCCCGAAAAAAGGGGCCGGUAAAACUAAUUCCGAUGAGUAUCCACCAACGGCGAUCGCUCGCCAAGGAGUCAGUCCUUGGUUUUUGGGAAAACCGGUUAAAAAGAAGAAUACUUCAACGGAAAAUAUUCCGGUAUACCGACCACCAGUUGAUGAUGAUGAUGUGGGUGAAUGUUGGAGCGUGGAAAAAUGAUAAAUAAUGUUUUAUUUAGAUUUUUAUCGAAGAUAAUGAGCCUGAAAAUGGCUUCCAGGGCAGGCGGAGUACUGAAAACGCCGAGCAGAGAAGUUCAAAAAGUUGAAAAAAGAAUGAAUAUAUAAAUGAAAUUUUUUUUAGCCACCAAAAGCAAAAACUUAGUCACAGAAGGCCCGUAUUGGAGAGAAUGGUGACUAAUAGAAUUUAGUUUGAUUUUAAAAUAGAGGGUUUUUUUGUAGUUUCGAGAGAGGAUUGAAUCUCAACAAAAGCCUCUCGAAAAGGUCAAAUAAUGCAGGUCUGAACUUUGACUUUUCUGCCGAUCCAAAAGUCAAGCGGGUUCGAAACAAGCUGAGCGAAGCUUUCGGUUCGGUGAGUUUUCGGUGUAUUUAUUUCAAACUUUGAAAUGGAUGAUUUAGACGGGAAUACGAGAAAAUAAUGAGGAACUCAAGAAGAAUCUUGAACAUAUUCCGCGUAGAGGAAUCGAGACUCCUAAUGCACAUAGAAAGAAACCGAGAAAGUUGGUUAUUUUGAAAUUAAUGAGUAUAUUUUGAAGUAUAACGACUUGAAGAGUGUUUAGAGGCUCGGAGAAUCCUGUAUUUCACUAACUUUCUUGCGGAUAAGUUUGCAUAGUUCUAUGAGAAACUUCAAUUUGUUCUCUGCAAGGAAAUAAUUAAAAAAAAAUAAUAUUUUCGAAGUUUUGAUGAAACUUACUGUUAGCAAUAGAAGUAUCAUGAUUUAAUUUCAGUUUCUUGCAUUUUCAAAAAUCAGAGAAGAAUCAAACCGGUCUUUUUUGUUAACUAGAUUUCUCUGAAACAUUUAGUUUUUUUUUUUCCUUUUUACCUUAUAAGUUUUCUCCCACAUUUGGUCGAAAAUGUUCGAUUUGAAAAGAUUCUAUUUGUAGCGCCGGGAUCACGGUGGCAUCAAUCAAAGAGUUCACAAUGGCGACUGGGGGGGAAGUGGUCAGAGAAGUGCGACAAGUGGUUCCGUCCCGAACUAACAGUGACAAACUGAGUGAUGUAAUUAAAUACUAUGUUAUAUCUCAAAAAAGGGCAUUUUUUUCUAGAAUGACAGUCAACCGAAAUCAUACCCUGGCCCAAGAAAAAUUCCCUCUUUCACGGCUCCUAUCGUCAAAAAGGCGAUGGAGAUGGACACGGCUGGCGGUGGGAAAGGUGAUCUUUGAUUUUUAUCAUAGAAAAUCAGAAUGCAGUUGAUUAAAACUUUAAAAAAAAAUUUUUAAGCUAAAUUCCGAGAUUUCUUCGAAAGUUUAACGAAAAUUGAAAACGUUUUUUAUUUUUUUUUUCAAAGCAAUGACUUUUUCUUUGCCAAUUUUCAGCCGUUUUUCUUGAUUUUUUUAUGUUUUCAUUGGAAAAAAAUUGAAGAUGAAGCUCAAGGAUUGCACGCAGAACCGUCGUUGAAAAACUUCGACGAGCACAUCAUUUCACUCAUCGAAUCUGAGGUGAAUUAACGUUGAAUGAAAAAAAGUUUUCCAGCUUUUUUUCUCCAAGGACUCAUUUUCUGUAAGUGAAUUAAUAAUGGAAGAAGCAUUAUCAGAAAAAAAGUGAAUAUAAUAAUAAAUGAUUUCAGAAAAAUCUGAGCGUUUUUUUUGCUUCAAAAGGGACAGUUCUCGUGUAAUACAUGAUCUCGGAUUUUUCGAGUCCUUUUUUUCAAAAAUUUUUAUACAUUUUUUUGGAAAAAAAUAUUCAAAUAUGAUGACAAUCUUAUGAAGAUCUUCCAACAGUGUCAGUACAAGACAUGUUUUCAGAUCUUUUGUCAUUUUUUCAUCAUUUUUUCUUCAGAUCAUGUCAGUGUCCACUUCGAUCGGAUGGAGCGACGUUGCCGGUCUCGAAGGAGCGAAACAAUCUCUUCGAGAAAUCGUCGUUUGGCCGUUUCAGAGACCGUAAUGCGCUCCAUAGACAAUCAAAAUUUAUUUGUUUGUUUUAUAAGAGAUUUAUUCAAAGGACUGCGGGCCCCGCCGAAAGGUGUUCUACUUUUUGGGCCACCGGGGACCGGAAAAACAAUGAUUGGUAGGUUUUUCUAUUCAAAAGUUCUUCCCAAGGUUUCUGAGAAUGGCUUUUGUCUUGUCUUGUUCAUUUUAUCUUCCCAUUCUCUUCAAAUACACCAUCAAACACUUGUACACCAAAAUCGGCUAAAGCUUCACUAAAGGCGUUUGAAAAAUUAGCUUUGAGAUUUUUCCUAUUAGUUUUUAUGUUUUCAGGAAGAUGCGUCGCUUCGCAGUGUAAUGCAACGUUUUUCAACAUCUCGGCCAGUUCCUUGACAUCAAAGUGAGAACUUACAGAAGAAAUAAAAGAGAUAGUUUUGAAUUCAGAUGGGUUGGAGAAGGAGAAAAGCUUGUCAGGGCCUUAUUCGCCGUCGCUCGUUUAAAACUUCCCAGCAUUAUUUUCAUCGACGAGGUUGAUAUUCUCUAAUGAACUUGAGGAUCUGUGUUUUCACGAAAAAAAUGAAAUGUUGUGUAGUUUUCAAUUUUGCUCUCACGCAUGUUCAAGGCGGCCGGCCGUAUUACGGUAGUCAAGCUAGGUUUUUCAAUAAUAAAAUGAAAACUUGUGUACUUUUUGUGACGUAACUUAUCUUGUAACCUCGAUAAAUAGGUCCUUAACAAAUUGCGAAAAAGGAAAAAAAAUAUUAAAAAUUUUCUGGCUCCAAAACUGACAGUGCAAUAUUGACCGGCCGCCGUAGCACUGUCUUAAAGUGCUCUGAUUAGACUUCUGUUGAAAAAUUCAAAUUCAUCUCCCCUUCUUUUUCAUACUGAUUAUGUGAGCAAUCAAACGUUCGAUUUUAUUUCAAAAAGAGAUUAGCCAACUAUUUUCUUUUGCUUUUUGAAUAGUGAAGGUAUUUAAAAAGGUUCUACCAAAAAAAUUAUUCCAAAAAUUAAGCAAGAAAUUGAAAAUAUGAUCGGAAAAAAAAUUCUCCCAUUUUGAUGAGGUUUAUAGAUCAUGAAUGGAAAUCCUUCAGAUCGACUCAAUCUUAUCGGCAAGGUCGGAAACUGAACACGAAUCGUCUAGGCGGAUCAAAACCGAAUUUUUGGUUCAAAUUGACGGCGUCGCCACUUCUCGGGACGAACGUUUGCUGGUCCUUGGGGCUACCAAUAGGUUUUCAAAAGAUUUUAUGAGAUAUCUUAAGAGGAAACUGUGUAAACUGAGCCGUUGGAUAAAUUAUUCAGGAUUAAUUAGUUGUGAAAAUAUUUCUGCACGAAGCUGUAUCUUCGGAAAAAGGUUAAAAGUUUACUCUCGAUUCUAAAAAGAUUUUUUUAUUCAAACUUCACUUCGCCUCUAGCAGCUCUUAGUUUUUAAAUUCGACUUUUAUUUGUUUGAUUAUUUUAGCCUUCUAACUCUUUAGACCCCAAGAAUUGGACGAGGCGGCCAGGAGAAGAUUCGCAAAAAGGCUGUACAUUGCGUUGCCUGAAAAAGUGGCUCGGGUGACGAUUGUCCGGAAUCUACUCCACGGUAAUGAACACGUGAUCGACGAGAGUGGUUUGGAUACCAUUGCGGAAAUCACUGAAGGUACUUUUUUUUGGUUGUGAACAAACAAUACUGCAAGUUUUUGCGGAAGGGGCAAUUUUAACUGAGAUGAUAGAUAUUACUUUUAUUACUUGUUUGAAAAAUGGUUUUUGGGUAAAAAAUGUCCAGAAGAUCAUUUAGAAACAUUGCAUGUUUUUAAGAAUGUUCAUUACCCUGGGAUUUUUUUCCAUUUGCUAGGGUUGCACUUGGAGUCAUGUUUCAAUUUUAAAGUUUUCUGGUUCAUUAAAAACUUCUUAAAACAUUCUUUCCGGUUCUACGAAAUCUGCUCAUAUUUCAGUAUUUGUACAUAUUUCAAAUUUCGGUGCAAGAAAAACCGAUUAAAAUGUUUCAGCAUAUCGGAAACUCAUUUAUUCUUUAAAUUUAGGGUAUUCUGGUGCUGAUAUGUAUCAAUUGUGUACAGAAGCUGCUAUGGGACCGGUUAGAGAUGUGAAUGGCGCCAUUUUGGAAAUCGAGAAAGAUGAGGUUUAGUUUUUAAUUACUUCUUUUUGAUUGAUAAAAAAUAUAUAGCAGUGUUUCAAAACAGUUUGGCAUAAUUUUGAGAAGAUUUUUGUCAAAAAGGGUUUUGACUUUCUCCUCUUUCAUCAUUGAAAAACUCGUGGUAUGCAACAAGAAUUUUCCAGAAAAUUGAUUUUCGAUGACGAAAUUUAACGAAAGGUGAGAGAAAUGAGUCAUGGAAUAUGAAAACAAAAACGCAAAUAUUCAUUUCUCUCACAAAAUUUUUCUCUCACGGCCUUUUUUUUAUGUGUUUUGGAUUUUUCCGUAACAAGAUCAAAAGUCCAAAAGCGAAGAAACAUUCUUUUUAUUCUUGGUUAUAAUGUUCUAGAGAACUACUCAAAAGAAGAUUUUUGAAUUAUUAAAUUCCGUCUCUUCUCUUUGGUAUUUUAGAACUUUUUUCAUUCUUGCAAUGUUGGCUGAUUUUGGCAGUUAACAAGCAGUAAUGCCGCUUUUAAAUGGAUUUCGACCGAACGAAAAAUUAAGGAGUAAAUAAAUUAUCGAAACUUUCGGAGAAUGAGGCAUCAUUUUGAAAACGGCAAAAGUUGCGUCUUUCAGCUGCGCCCAAUCAACCUGAAAGAUUUCAUGGAAGCUGCGGAACAAGUUCGGCCGACCGUUGUACAGGAGGACCUCUUGGCCUACGAAAAGUGGGAUCGCCAAUUUGGUUGCAAACCUCGUUGAUCCCUGGAAAAUUCUCUUCAUUUUUAUCUUGUUCUAUCAUUUUUUCUCCCCCAUUGAGAUGUACUAUCACUGUGAAUUUCGAUUGUCCGACUGUACAACAUAUUUUUUUGGCCCCAAAAUAUUCACUUUUCAAUUUUUUUCCUCUCGAUUCUCGGGUAUAAUAUUGCAUUAUCACUAUUUUUUUAAAUUUCAUUCUUGGCUAUCCACUUAUCGCGUUUCACAAUUUUUCAAUACAAAUUUUCAAUUUUUCUUCGUGUUCGUGAUAGCUUAAUUUUUCAUGCGGUUUGGAGCAUCCGCAAUCUUUAUAUUAUUUUUAGGGGCUCUAAAUUUGCAAAUAAGAGAAAAUUCGAAAAAGGAAACCGCCUUAUAAAAUAUAUUUUGUGAGCGAAUUCGGAAGAAAAAUAGCAUUCGAGGGCCCGGCGUAUACCGGAAAAUUACAACGAUCCAAUGAAAAAUGUGGUUUCCAAAUAAUUUUUGAAGUUUUGGUAGAGGAAAAAGGUUGCCUAAAGUUAGUUUCGAAACCAGAAGUUCAAACUGGAAUUUUGAAGUUAGAGAAGUAGAGGUUCAUACAGUACGAGCUCUUUAGUGACUUUAUUUUUGUGAUUAAGAAAAAAAAAAAACUGAAACGGUUUUAUUUCCCAUUGAAAUUUCUUUCAAGAAACAUGAAAAACUCAGGAUGACUGUGCAAAAACUGAAUUCAGUUGAAGAGUACAACCAAUUCGUUGCUGACCCAAGGUUUCUCUAAAUUGAAAAUAAGAAAAAAAUUGAAAUAAAUUCAGUCCGGCACUCGUUCAUUUCUACGCGGCUUGGGCAGCUGCGUGCGAUCAAACCAACGCUCUUCUUCAGGUAUUUUUUUUCCUCUUUUGAAUUUUUUCAUAGCCAUUCUUUCUUUCAGGAUCUGAUUGAGGAUGACACAUUCGCCUUGAGAAUCGCGUUUUUAGAGGCUGAAACUUUGGCAGAAGUUUCCAGGAAGAUGAGAAUUAGCGCCGCUCCAACACUUAUUUAUUAUAGGGUAGGGAUCAUAAUUUUCACAUCAUUUUUUUUUUAGUAAAAGUUAGAAAAAAAUUUUUUUUUUAUAAUUGUGUCAUAAUUCCAAUAUGAACUAUUUGUACCAUUUCGAGCGAAUUUAAACUGAAGCGUUCUAUUUGGGGACAAAAUUGAACCAGAAACUCAGAUUUUUCCGAUUUAAAAAAGUUUUUGAAGCGUUUGAACUUUAUUCCAUGUUUUUUUCUCGAAUUCGGGGACUCUUACUUUGUGGUUCAUUCAUGAAAACAGUUUUUUAAAUGAUAAACUUUGAAGCAAAAUGUUUUUUUUUUUAGAAAUCCAAGGAAGUCGCAAGAGUGAAUGGGUACAAUCCCGCAGAAAUCAAAGAAAAAGCCUUGUUAACGUCCAGCCAAAUUUCGGCCAGCGACGCCCUUCCCGCCGCUGGCGAUGCUCACAUCUCCAAGGAGGUUCUUCUACUGAAUUUAUGCGAAAAGUUCAAAAAGGGUAUUUUAGGCGCUCAAUGAAAAGCUCAAAAAACUGAUCAAUCAUAGCCCUUUAAUGAUUUUCAUCAAGGGAAAGCCGGAUGCUCCCAAAUGCGGUAAGAAUCGAAUUCAAAAUAGAAAAUGCUAUAUAAAAUGGAUCUUAAAAGUAGAAAUUUUCUAUCCUUUUUUGGUUUUUUCCUAAAGAAAUUACGAUUUUUCACAUUUGAUUGCUUCAACAUCCGAAUUUUUUUGCUUUUUUUUUUCUUGUUCUGCUUCAGCUCUUAUUUUGAAAUUUAGAAUUUUUUUCUUGAAGCUUCUAAAAAAAUGUUUUUUUAAACGGAAAAAAAUGGGUCUAAAAACUUUCUUCUUUUAUUCAUGAAGCACACGGCUUUUUUCCAGUUUUUGACUUCAUUUGAAAGGAUUUUUAUUCAAAUUUUCUGAUUGUUGGCAAUGAGAACAUUUUGAUAUUUCUCUAACAGUUCCUUUCAAAAAGCCCAGUCCGGCUGUUUAAAUAGAAUUGCAUACACUGAGGUGAGCUCUUUUCCAGGAUUCUCUCGACAAUUGAUUCAAUUAUUGGACGAGAACAAUCUCCAAUACGGGUCUUUCGAUAUUCUGUCGAAUGAAGACGUUCGCCAAGGACUCAAAGUUCGUUUUUCUUCAUCUGAUCGAAUUUAAUUUUGAGAAAUAGGAUUAUUUCUUCAGGAGUACUCAAAUUGGCCGACUUAUCCCCAGCUUUACCUCAACGGAGAGCUUCUUGGCGGCCUUGACGUCAUCAAGGCGGAGCUGGAGGACCCAGAAUUUGUCAAGUCCCUUCCGACCAAAAAAGGAGAAAAGGAGCUGAAUGAACGCUUGAAAGAAAUAAUCAGCAGUCAUCAGUUGAUGCUCUUCAUGAAGGGAACGAAGACGGAUCCUCAAUGCGGUUAGUAAAAAGAAGCAGUUUCCAAAUUGAUCCUGAAAAUGUUCACUGGUUUUUUUUUUCAAGUAUCUUGCCUAGGACUUACUGCCACAGAAGUUCGAAGCAGAUCAGCGAUGAUCACAUAAGACACUUCCCUUGUGAGAUAGGAGUUCAAAUGAUUAAAACAAAAAAAAAAAAAAUUAAAAACUCAUAUUUUUGAAGAAGCGUUUCUCACUUUUUUGCUAUCCAGGCUGAUUGUGGAAACGUUUUUCCUUUUUUCACACUUUUUGGAAAAUCAUUUGCUUUUUCUAGCUCUUUUAAAUCGGCUCAGCGUUCAAAGGUUUGGUGCAAAAAAUAAAGUUCUCAAAAUUUUUUCAAGCUCAUCUGUGUCUUUAAAGGCAAUUAGAGGCGUUUACCAUCUUGAUGUUUGCAUAUUUUUGAGCCGAAAAUAAAUAUUCUGCUUCUUUCUGCGUCCUCAAAAACCUCAUAAAGCUGCUAUAAAUCGAUUAUACUCAAAUUUUUACAGGAUACUCAAGAACCAUCGUCGGCCUUCUGAACGACGCCCAUGCUGACUUCGGAACUUUUGAUAUCUUGAAGGACAAUGAAGUUCGGGAAGGCUUGAAGGUCUUCAUUUUUCUUGUUUUGUGAAAAACCGCGAGAAUUCACAGAAAUUCUCCAACUGGCCGACUUAUCCGCAGCUCUACCUCGAUGGAGAACUCGUCGGAGGACUCGAUAUCGUCAAGGAAGAACUUUUGGACACGCAUUUCCUGCGCAGAAUUCCACGCAUCCGUAAUUGA